AUGCUCUAUGUUCUGUCCUCCAGCCCAAACGCUGUGCUCAGGUUGCGCUUCAACCAUUUUGCCACGGAAUGUAGCUGGGACCACAUGUACGUCUAUGACGGAGACUCCAUCUAUGCACCUCUGGUCGCAGUAUUCAGGUGAGUGUCAUCAUACUCUAUUUAGAUACGUGUUUACUCUUAGGCCUGUUUUAGGUGUUCCUCCUCUCCAAUCUUUAGAAGCAAUAUUCUCCACCCACCUAGCCACCCUCUCUCCCCCUUCCCUUUGAACAAUCGGUCCACAAAGUAAUUCCUUCCACUGGGGGUCCUUCACCAUCAACUCUCCCCUGGUCCAUCAGUAUUGUCUGUGUGGUCUUUGUGUUGAACCUAGGAGCCUGUGUGUAGUCCUCCCAGUGGGGACUCUGUCUGACUGCUGGUAAACAGAUUAGAGUGGAUUUCUCCACUCUCUCCGAUAACCUUGAUGGAGCUUUGCUGUGUGUACUGUGUGUGCUGUGCUGUUCAGGCCUGAGCCUGAUCCUCCAUGCGAUAGAGGGAUCGAUCCCAAGGAGAGAAAGGAAUCACUUUCUCCCAAUGAUGUAGAGAGAGGAGGAGGGUGGACGGAAGGGGAGGGGGGGUUGUCAUGGUGACAGCAAUCCCAGCUCAGCAGUCAAGCGAAGGGUGAUCAUUUACCCAGCAUGCUUUGGAGCUUAGCAUGCAUUUGUGUUUUGUGUGUGUGUGUGUGUGUGUGUGUGAAUACCGUGUGCGAAUACUCCAUCAUUAAUGUCUUUUUCUUCUUUUCCUACAGCGGUCUCGUUGUCCCGGAACCGAGAGGGAACGAGACUGUUCCGGAAGUGGUAGCAACCUCUGGAUACGCACUGUUGCAUUUUUUCAGUGACGCUGCCUACAACCUGACUGGAUUCCACAUCUCCUACUCGUGAGUGGCCCUAGCCAAUACACACACUUUACAUUUACAGUCAAAGUCCUCACCUAUACAGUAUAUCCACAUUGGGGAAGUCUCUGACUCAGUAGCAGACAGUGGGUUGGCUAAGAGCCAUGUCCCCAUUAAAUUGUCUUUCCUCUCUAUAUGUUCCUGCACACAUACAACCUCAGACCACAUCCCAUCCUCUCUAGGGUCUACAAUGUCUGUCACAGGAUUAGCUGGGGAACGCCAUUACAGCUGAGGAGAUAACACCCGUUGACAUACGAGAGACGUCUGUGUGUGUGUGUACUGUGUACUGUGUGUGUGUGUGAUUCUGAACAAGUAUUAAUUGGGUUGCCUCACAAAGCAGCAGCCAGAGAGAAGGAUGGGCUUUCAGACUAGAGUCUAGCUCAGCCUCAAGGUCUCCAGCACAGACAUACACCUUGUGGCCAUAAAGGUGUUGCCAUAGCAACGCAGUUGUCACAGCCUUAAACAUUAUCGUCCCCGUGUUUGCUGAAAAGCCCAUGCAUUAUCCUGAAUCCUUGACUUCUGUCUCUCUGUCUACUGUACCUUCCCUCUUUCUCAAUUAUUGUGUCUGUCUCUAUUGCACUUCUCUCUAAUUCUCUCUCAAUUCCUCUGUAUCUCACUCUAUCUGUUCUGCUCCCAGAAAAAUAAUGCUCCAAUGGAUGUCAAUCACCUCUGUUAAUCAAUCAUUCUGUCAGCUAUUUGUCUUUCGUCAAUUAUUACAAUGAUAACCUUUCAAAAUGUACAUCCCCAUCCCUCCCAUCUCUCUGUUCUGUGUCUGCAGGGUCAACUCGUGCCCCAAUAACUGCUCGGGCCAUGGGAAGUGCAGCACAGGGAACUCCAUCGCCAGCCGGGUGUACUGUGAGUGUGAUAAGUACUGGAAGGGCGAGGCCUGUGACAUCCCCUACUGCAGGAACAACUGUGGCAGCCCCGACCAUGGCUACUGUGACCUCACUGGGGAGAAGAGCUGUGUCUGCAACGACAGCUGGCAAGGUGGGGCUAGGGCCAUGGUUAUUCUAAUAUUGUGUCAAUGUUGUCACCAUGGUGUGGUAUCUUCAUGGUGGUUUAUAGGGUUCAUUCAUUUUUUCUUCAAUGACAAAGGUAAGUUCUUUGUGUUCUUGUAGAUUGAGUCACACGGCCAUCUUCUGGCUGAAAAGAGAACUUCAGCUAUCUGUAUCCCUUCAUCUAUAUGCCUACAAGAGUGACCAGUUCAUCUGCCACCCUUAUUGAUACUAUUUUUACAAAUUCUUUGAAUAAUGUGGCUAAUACAGUUAUACUUUAUACUGACAUUUCUGACCACUUUCCAAUUUUCCACUUCUAUUUGGCAGCUGGAAAUGAAAAGAUGGGAAUGAUUAAUAGCACUAAUGUAGAAUAUUUAACAAAACUAAUUGUGAGCGCUUUAAGAUGUUGAUUAAUGAUAUUUCAUGGGACAUUUUUUAUAAUCAGGCCGAUGUGGAGUCUGUUUACCUGACUUUUCUCACAUCUUUCAACUCUGUAUUUCACCACUGCUUUCCCUUAGUUAAAUCACAUAAGAUAUUUGUAUUUAUUUAUUUUAUUUAUUUCACCUUUAUUUAACCAGGUAAGCCAGUUGGGAACAAGUUCUCAUUUACAACUGCGAACUGGCCAAGAUAAAGCAAAGCAGUGCGGAAAAAACAACAACAACACAGAGUUACAUAUGGAAUAAACAAAACGUACAGUCAAUAACACAAUAGAAAAUCUAUAUACAUUGUGUGCAAAUGUAGUAAGUUAUGGAGGUAAGGCAAUACAUAGGCCAUAGUGCAAAAUAAUUACAAUUGAGUAUUAACACUGGAGUGAUAGAUGUGCAGAAGAUGAUGUGCAAAUAGAGAUACUGGGGUGCAAAUGAGCUAAAUAAAUAACAAUGUAAAUAACAAUAUGAGGAUGAGGUAGUUGGGUGGGCUAAUUACAGAUGGGCUGUGUACAGGUGCAGUGAUCAGUAAGCUGCUCUGACAACUGAUGCUUAAAGUUAUUGAGGGAGAUAAGUGUCUCCAGCUUCAGAGAUUUUUGCAGUUCGUUCCAGUCAUUUGCAGCAGAGAACUGGAAGGAAUGGCGACCAAAGGAUGUGUUGGCUUUGGGGAUGACCAGUGAGAUAUACCUGCUGGAACGCAUACUAUGGGUGGGUGUUGCUAUGGUGACCAAUGAGCUAAGAUAAGGCGGGGAUUUGCCUAGAAGGGAUUUAUAGAUGACCUGGAGCCAGUGGGUUUGGCGACGAAUAUGUAGUGAGGGCCAGCCAACGAGAGCGUACAGGUCACAAUGGUGGGUAGUAUAUGGGGCUUUGGUGACAAAACGGAUGGCACUGUGAUAGACUACAUCCAAUUUGCUGAGUAGAGUGUUGGAAGCUAUUUUGUAAAUGACAUCGCCGAAGUCAAGGAUCGGUAGGAUAGUCAGUUUUAUGAGGGAAUGUUUAGCAGCAUGAGUGAAGGAGGCUUUGUUGCGAAAUAGGAAGCCGAUUCUAGAUUUAACUUUGGAUUGGAAAUGCUUAAUGUGAGUCUGGAAGGAGAGUUUAAGUUUUAGAAAGAAAGGGUCCAGAUUGACUAGCCCAGCUGAUUUGUAGGGGUCCGCAGCUGGUGUCCGGGGUAGGGGUAGCCAGGUGGAAAGCAUGGCCAGCCGUAGCAAAAUACUUGUUGAAAUUUUUUAUUAUCGUAGAUUUAUUGGUAGUGACAGUGUUUCCUAGCCUCAGUGCAGUGGGCAGCUGGGAGGAGGUGCUCUUAUUCUCCAUGAACUUUACAGUGUUUACAGUGUUCUCCCAAAACUUUUUGGAGUUAGUGCUACAGGAUACACAUUUCUGUUUGAAAUCAUUAGCCUUUACUUUCCUAACUGAUUGUUUAUAUUGGUUCCUGACUUCCCUGAAAAGUUGCAUAUCGCGGGGACUGUUCGAUGCUAAUGCCGUAUGCCAUAGGAUGUUUUUGUGCUGGUCAAGGGCAGUCAAGUCUGGGGUGUACCAGGGGCUAUAUCUGUUCUUAGUUCUGCAUUUUUUGAAUGGGGCAUGCUUAUUUAAGAUGGAGAGGAAAGCACCUUUAAAGAACAACCAGGCAUCCUCUACUGACGGAAUGAGGUCAAUAUCCAUCCAGGAUACCCAGGCCAGGUCAAUUAGAAAGGCCUGCUCACUGAAGUGUUUUAGGGAGCGUUUGACAGUGAUGUGGGGUGGUCGUUUGACCGUGGACCCAUUACGGACGCAGGCAAUGAGGCAGUGAUCGCUGAGAUCCUGGUUGAAGACAGCGGAGGUGUAUUUAGAGGGUAAAUUAGUCCCAUGUUAACGGAUUUAGGGUUGUACCUGGUAGGUUCCUUGAUAAUUUGUGUGAGAUUGAGGGCAUCUAGUUUUGAUUGUAGGACGGCCGGGGUGUUAAGCAUAUCCCAGUUUAGGUCACCAAACAAUACGAACUCUGAGGAUAGAUGGGGGGCAAUCAAUUCACAUAUGGUGUUCAGGGCACAGCUGGGUGCUGAGGGGGGUCUGUAGCAAGCGGCAACAGUGAGAGACUUAUUUCUGGAAAGGUGGAUUUUUAGAAGUAGAAGCUCAAACUGUUUGGGCACAGACCUGGAUAGUAUGAUAGAGCUCUGCAGGCUAUCUCUACAGUAGAUUGCAACUCCGCCCCCUUUGGCAGUUCUAUCUAGACGGAAAAUGUUGUAGUUGGGAAUGGACAUUUCAGAAUCUUUGGUGGCCUUCCUAAGCCAGGAUUCAGACACUGCUAGAACAUCAGGGUUGGCUGAGUGUGCUAACGCAGUGAAUAACUCAAACUUAUGGAGGAGGCUUCUGAUGUUAACAUGCAAGAAACCAAGGCUUUUGUGAUUACAGAAGUCAACAAAUGAUAGCGCCUGGGGAGCAGGAGUGAUACUGGGGGCUACAGGGCCUGGGUUAACCUCUACAUUACCAGAGGAACAGAGGAGGAGUAGAAUAAGGAUACGGCUAAAGGCUUUAAGACAUGUUCUUCUAGUGCGUUGGGUACAGAGAAAAAAAAGGGCAGAUUUCCGGGCGUUGUAGAAUAGAUUCAGGGCAUUAUGUACAGACAAGGAUAUGGAAGGAUAUGAGUACAGUGGAGGUAAACCUAAGCGUUGGGUAAAAAUGAAACAGAUAGCAUCACUGGAGGCACCGAUUGAGCCGGUCUCCGCGUGUGUGGGGGGUGGGACAAAGAAUCUAUCUGAGACAGGUUGAGCAGGACUGGGGGCUCUACAUUGAUAAAGUACAGUUAGAACUAACCGAAACAGCAAUAGACAAGGUAUAUUGACAUGAGAGAUAGGCAUAAAGCAGUCACAGGUGUUAUUUGAGAGAGCUAAGACAACAGCUGGUAAUGGCGACGAAAGUUUGAGCUGAGGCUAAACAGAUCAACAGGAUGGGGUACUGUAUAAAGGAACAGUCCAGCAGGCAUCAGCUGUGUACCUGAGUGAUCAUAAGUUCCAGUGAACAGCAAUAAGUAAGUCCGGGAGCAGUUCAGUGGCUGCUACGCUACAGGCACGGCUGUUGAUUGCGUGUGCUAGCGGGCUGGGGCUAGCAGAUGGAUCUUCGUGGUCGUCGCAAUGAGAACCACAUCAGACGAUUACGUCGGCAGACCAGUCGUGAUGGAUCAGCGGGGCUCCGUGUCAACACUAGGAGGUCCUGUCCGGUUGACGGGAGAUGGGCCUGGCUUGAGGCUAGCUCAAGGCUAACUGGGGUUAGCUUCAGGACAGUGGUGAUUAGUGGUGAUUAGCCAACAACGACAACAGCCAUUCGGUUGCAGCUAGCUAGUUGCGAUGAUCCGGUGUUAAGGUCCAGUGAUUCAGUGAUUCCGGCAGAAAAUCCGAUAUGCUCUGGCUCGAUGGCGCGAUGUGCAGACGGUGCAGACUGGCCGAUAAUUGUCCAGACUAGAGCUGGCUGGUAGGUAGUGCAGGCCAUGGCCACAGACAAUGGUGAAAACCGCUAACGGUGUCUAAUAGCAAGUAGCUAGUUAGCUGGCUAGCUGGCUAGUUUCAGCCAGAGGUUCUGGAUAAAAAUAUAUGAAGAAAUAAUAGAAUCCGUUCCACAUUGGGUGAGACGGGUUGCAGGAAAGUAUAUUUAGUUAAAGGAUGGAAAGUGAGAUUGAGAAAUAUAUACGAAAAAGACGGAAAAAAAAGGCUAUUUACAUGAGGACACUACAGAAAACACGACCGCACUGCUAUGCCAUCUUGGAUUAGAGUAAAGAGCUCUAUCAGCAGCAGGUCAUGAUGAGAUUGGUGCCUCUUUGGUGAAAUCAGUGUCUUCCUUGAUUACUGAACCUCUAACGUACACUACCAAUCAAAAGUUUUAGAACACCUACACAUUCAAGGGUUUUUCUAUAUUUGUACUAUUUUCUACAUCGUAGUAACCAAAAAAGUGUUAAACAAAUCAAAUUAUAUUUUAUAUUUGAGAUUCUUCAAAUAGCUACCCUUUGCCUUGAUGACAGCUUUGCACACUCUUGGCAUUCUCUCAACCAGCUUCAUGAGCCGUUGAAUUGUGACUCCACUUUGUCUCGAUAUUGACAUUUUGCCUGUUUGAUUGCCUUGCGGUGGGAACAACCACUCUGUUUGUAUUCUGCCAUAUUCCCCGUCACCUUGCCAUGGUUAAAUGCGGUGGUUCGUGCUUUCAGUUUUUCACGAAUGCUGCCAUCUAUCCACGGUUUCUGGUUGGGGUAGGUUUUAAUAGUAACAGUGCAUAAGACACUGCGAUAAUCUUCACCCUCCCCACUGCCACACCUCACAUAGUCAAUUCUCUAUCAGAUACAGAGGUACCAUACUCUGGAAUUCUUAUCUUCACAUUGCCAAAACCUCAUCAUCCCUCAAUAACAUCAAGCGAAGACUGGGGGUCAACCUGAUGAACCAAACUACCCAAUAAUCCCCUCUAUGUUGCCUAACUCUCUCACACACACACACACAUAAGAAAACUUGUUUUUUCUUGUGUACUGAGUAUAUAAUGUACAAUUAUAAUUUAUAUGCUUUGUUGAACUGAUUGAACAAACUUUUUUUUUUCUAACCUCACACUGUUUUUAGCUGUUUUUAUCUGUACUGUUUUGUCUUUCACUUCUUUUCUUUGGUGCAAAUAAAUAAAACUGAAAACCUAAUACUUCAUCCUUACAUUAGAACCAACCAAGCACCUCUCAAUUAGACAGAGCUGGUCAGCAGGGUGCCACUGCUAUGCUAUGAGUAGCUAUGAGUUGCUGGUCACUGGUCAUUUCACACUGGUCAUUUCCCUAAUGAGGUUUUCUCCACUGAUGUAUUGGGUUAGACAACGUCCUGGCCCAUAGACCCGAUCACAGCCACCCAUUCCCCCUGUCCACUGUCUGUCCCCCACUCUAAUAGGGGCCAACAGAGGCCAAUAUCAUGGGGUCCUUCUAAUAAUGGGGUUUGAUGAAUCAGUCCCUCCCUCCUGAUUAAAACCCCUAAUGGUUCUGCCACCAGUUGGCGUCUGGGUGGUGGGGUCCUGUUAGCCAUGUGAGCUCAUCACCAUCAUGGCCGACCCCCCUCAUGACAUAGGCUGUGUUAUCAGGCUCUUCACCAGCAGAUGGUGGUAUGGUACCACGUUUGGUAGUCAGCUGUAUUGUAGUGUUGUUGAAGAGAGUAUUUUGCUACAAACGCACCUCACAUACUUUCAGUUAUUUGUAGGUAUUUUACAUAUGUGUUUGAGCCAUGUGUUGUCAUCCUAUCCAGGUCCAGACUGUGCUCUGUCAGUACCAUCCACAGAGUCUUACUGGGUGAUGCCUAACGUCAAGCCCUUCGGACAGUCUCUGGGCAGGGCCUCCCAUAAGACUGUGGUCCACGGGAAACUCAUGUGGGUCGUUGGAGGAUACACCUUCAACUACAGCUCCUUCCACAUGGUGCUCAAGUAAGGCACUGACUGAAGAGAGGCCUGGAACCUCUGUAUGUAUGGCUGUCUCUGUCUGUCUGUCUGUCUUUCCCCCUCUUUCUCUUCAUCUCUCUCUGUGUAUAUUUACCUCCUAUAUAUUUGUCUCUCUCCUUCCUGUCUUUUGCCUUCUCUCUGUGGGUCUUUUGCUCCAAACUCUCUGUCUCUCUCUCUCCCCUGUACUACUUCAUCUCUCGUUGUCUCCCUUUACCUGUAAUAUCUCUCUGUAUCGCUAACUUCUCCCUCCACUCUCCAUCUAUCUAUCUCUUUGUUGAAUGUUCUGUAUAGCUCAGGCCUGACUCUCUUUUUUCCUAUCUGCAGUUAUAAUAUGGAGAGCAGCACUUGGGAUGUGGUGCCAAUCAAUAGUGGUCCUCUGCAGAGAUACGGCCAUUCUCUGGCUCUCUACCAG